ACAUUACGUCUGUGCCUUUCAAAUACCUAUUAUUGCGUAUUGGGAUAAGUUAAACUUUAAAGGCCAGAGACGUAAUAAAAAUAUGUUAUCUGUCUGCCUGUGGGCAUUGUGUGAAAGAAUUUAGAUUUAUUAAUUUCAAUUCACCAUAAACCGAAAUUAAAUUCAUCUCGAAAUCUGGAUUACAGUAUAUGUUCUUUGUUAAAAUUUAUUAUUUGCAGUGCAAUAUAUGUUUUACAACUAAAUUUAUGUAACAAAAAAGCGCUUAAUGAAAAUCGCAUUAUAAUUAAGUACGUUCAUUGAUACAUAAUCAAAGUAGUUCGUAGGGAACUAGGGAAGUUAUUGAAGACUUUGUUGACGAAAUGAUAUGUGUCUUUAAUCAGUCACGAAUUGAAAAAAUUCGAAAUUUUAACCAGGUUGUGCUAUAACUAUGCAAUAGUUUGCCUUUAAUCACGUAUUCUAAAGGAAAGGUGGAUAAGACAAUGCAUUGUAGUUACGUCGAUGAGAAGUGUGAAUUCCCCGAAGUGAUUUUUUGACAUCGACAUACACGACGCAAAAUGGCGGUUAAAAAACGUGAACUCGUUCAAGACAACUGCCAGCUGGAUUUGAAAGCGCUGGCGCAGUACAUCCAGAUGAUGAAUGAUCAACCCAACUACCUCCCGCAAGCCCUGGACUUGAUUAAGAACUGUCAAGAUAUUGUUAAAUGCCUCACUCUUGCUACGGGAAACGAAUGGAAUCUACUGCAGUCAAUUGAAGAGUUCUUUUUGCGCGUUGUUAACCACGUCCAUUGCACUUUGCGUCACGAAAUCGUAACAGCCGUACUCGACAAACUGUAUUCGUUUAUAUCGGACCCGAAAAGCCACAUUGGACCUCAGACGUCUGUCGUGUUAGUUGUGCUCGAUGGCUUAGACGACGCGGCCACAAUGUCGAACGCACGUUGGCUGGUCCAACAAGGCGAAUCCGGACCGGACGGCGCUGGAUUGAGGGCUGCUCUAUCAGUCCUCUAUUGUUGGAUGCACAGCUGGCAAGGAACACCUUUGCUCGGCGACUGGGUCAUGGCGUACAUAAAAGCUUUGGAGGAAAAUGAAAAAUUCGAAAUAUUACUUGAUGUCUCUCUCGAGAACCUAGAGAAGUUAUUCUUGGCUUUGGGUGAACCCGGAACUUUACGGACUUCGGAGGCGGACGUUGUCAUUCACAUCUUGGCGUCGUUACGAGAACAGCAAGAGGCUCUUGAUAAGAUCGCCACGAACGUCAGGAAGGUGCUCGGGAAUCUGGCCGCGGACAGUCGACAAAGCAGCCGGCAACACUUACAGAACGUCGUCGAUAUAGUCAAUGCUAUGGUCGACUACAAAAUGGAACCACUCAAAGGAGAGCCAUUGGAAACCUUCAAGGACAAAUACGAGGAUUUGAUUUCAUGCUUGGAAUAUCACAUGGCAUCCCGAUGGUCUCGGUUUAAGCAUCUCCCGCCAUGGAGGCCUCGGGGACUCCCCGCAUCGCCUCCGAAUUCGAAGCAAGCGCCGGCUAGGAAAGUUGGCCUCCUGAAUUUGGGCAACACGUGUUACAUGAACAGCGUCAUGCAAGCCCUGCUCGUUACCAGACACUUCAGCACACACGUUAUGAUGAAAAUGAACGCCGUACCGUACUGGUCGAAGAUGGGGAUACUGUUCGCCAAAAUGAUGCACUCCUACAACACGAAGCUGAAUCCUGACGAAUUCUUCAAUGUCGUGAAGCCUCCGUUCUUCACAGUUAAUAACCAACACGAUAGCUCUGAGUUUUUAGGGUAUUUGUUCGUGCUCCUCCAGUCCUACGAACACUGUUCGGACGUGAACUUUGAUUAUUCUCGGCAAGCUGUCAUGACCGCCGGCACACGGCAGACCAGAUCAUCUCACGCGUCACAAGCCUCGCACGCCGUGCAACCGACACAAGGGGCCGGCGACGACGCAGGGUCCAGUAAUCGAGGAUCCCUGUCUCCGAGACCUGGCAGCAGUGUGUCGCGACCGGGUGGCAGUUCUUCGAGAGCUGGUGGCAGUGGGGCACGCGCAGGUAGCAGCCAUUCGAGGCCUAGCAGUUCUUCUGGCUCCGGCAACAGCAAAGCAACGUCCUUGGACGUGGACUCAAUGAUGCCGCCGAAAAAACGGAUGCGGCAUUUGUUCGAUACAACGUUCUUACGGCGAGAUUCGAUUAUAGAUACAAUGUUCGGUGGGGUUUUGUUGACGCGCGUCGAAUGCACCGAUUGUCAUUCUUCGUCGCUUUCCCGUGACGUGUUCCGGGACCUCCAACUCGCGUUUCCCGAUAAGCCCGAAGCGUCACAGCACAGCGUCCAGAGCCUUCUAGAAUAUUACUGCUCGAAAGAGAGCCUCUCGGGCGAUAACAAGUAUCAGUGCCGUGACUGCGGAGGCCUACGUGACGCCGAAAGGAGCGUCUUAAUCGAAACCUCGCCGAAAUAUCUAAUACUCGUUUUGAAGAAUUUCAAGUUCGAGCCAAAGAUUCAGGUUCAGACGAAGCUGAUGCACUCUAUGUACCAUAACCAGUCGGUGACUCUGCCGACUGUCCGGGCCCGUGGUCAGCACUCUGCGUACUCGCUAUACGCGGCGAUCAUCCACGCCGGCACCACGCUCGACUCCGGUCACUACUACACCCUAGCUAAAGACAACGACCAAUGGCACAUAUACAACGACGACAUCGUCACAAAUGCCGACGAAUCGGAGUUCAGCAAGCUACAUCCGAACAGCACUCCGUAUAUACUGUUCUACAGGAGAUCAGACAUGGAGGAGAGUUCGGCUCCGACUCUCGAGGAGUUGCCUCCUAAACUGCAGGAGUGCGUGAUGGCCCACAACAAGCACUACAUGGAGAAAGUGCGGGCGAUACAUUUGUCGCGUCCAUGACGGUUAAGAUCCAAUAAGUAUAUAGAUUUUUCAGUAUUGGAGUAUUUCGACCCUGAAUAAACUAUAUCGACUGGACGAAUUUUCUGAUGUAUUUCGCUUUGGCAUUCAUGUUUCGUGAUUCGGAUUCGAUUAUUUUUUUUUAUAAAAAACUGGAAGUUUUUUUGAAUUAAUCAAUGAAUAAAGUUCAGAUUGUUGUUUGUAACGUUUCUUUAUCUUGAAGGGCUAUGAAAGUAAGAAAAUCUCUGAACGAACGAUCAUAAUUUUAUUAUUAUUUGCGUCGUGAAAUGUUGAGUUUUUUUUUUUAUAUGAAUUAGUUAAUAAGGAAAUUUUUUUGACAUUGAUGUUUUAUUUAGAAGGUCUUGUAGGAUAGUGUUGCCGGUAUUUGUGAGUUAUUAUUAUUAUUACUUACGGAACGAUUAAAUUACGAGAUCACAAUACCACCGGUUGGUUAAUAUUAAUCGAUAAUAUAAAAUUAUUAAUCGAUAUGUAAUAUAAAGAUGUAAGUUGGUUUAUUAAGGUGAUUAAACCAAAAUCGUAACUAACGCUUGUGGGAAGCGUGUAUUUUUCAUAAUUUCCGAAUUGAAUAUUUGAAAUUGGAGCUAUUCGAUUUUAUAAAUUGAAAGGACUUAUUUACGACCGGGGUUUUAUUUUUAAUGAUUGGAAAGAAAAGACAAGCCACUACACAGGAUGUGUUAUAAAGUGAAUAAAACGAAAAACAAGGGUGUUUAACACAUCGUCUUUUCACAUUAAGAGUGUACAAUUUUCAAAAAUAUUCGAAAUUAAGUUAAUAUGCGCAAUCAUUAGGUAUCACCAGUAUUUUUCUCAUAAAUACUGUCAAAAGAGCGUAGUUUAGUUUUAGUUUUUUAUUAUUAUUUACAUAUGUUUUGAAUACUAUUAACAAAAUGAAGACAAAAUUUUAUCUUACUUUAAAAGACAGAUAAUUUAACUGUUAAAAAAUAAAAAAUAAAUGUUACAAAGAUUAUUAAUAUUAAAAAUAUCACAUGUUAAACCUUUAAAACACUCUUCUGUAAAAUUAGUAAGUUUUGAGAUUAUACAGUUUUAAUGCGAGAAGGCGAUAUCUACUUCCACUGAUUUCAAUUCAUCUCAUAGAAACUUUCCGUUAUGCUGUUUUCGAUGAAACGGCAGGAUAUGGCCCUGCUAAUACUUACUGCUGGUAGUUCGUAUUGUAACUCGCACCGCUCGGGUAGAUACUCUCUUUUUGCCGACUUCUGCCGCGUUGUGUCAGCUAUUACUUACUACAAAAAAGUAUUGUCUAGCCUUACGAAGGGCUGCUAUUAUAAACUAAUUAAGAUUUACAAUACAAUUUAUAAUAGAUUUGACGAAUUGGAAACUAAAUACUGUUCCACAGCGACAUCGGAUUCUUUGUUAUAUAUUUCUUUAUUUAUUCUAUUAAACGGCUAUAAUAUUUUAUAAUAUAACGUUUUAAAUUCGUCGUAAAAAAAACCGGAUGCAUUCGAUUCCAAAUAAAUAGUAAUAAAAUAUCAGUAUUUCGAUUGAAUUAAAAAAGAUCGAAUUAAAAUCAACAUUGCGUUGUGGAAAAUGUUUUUUUAUAAGCGAAUCACCGAAAUAUUAAUGUCAAAGCAAAAAUAUUCGAAGUGUCAUUAAUGAUUAACGAAAUGGACGUAUUGUGAUUAGAUUGUGGUUUAUAAAUAUAGAAAUAAGUGUUUUCAGUUUAAAAAAGAAACUUUUAUUAUGCUACGCUCCGUACACAUGUAUUAAAUAUACAUAUUUUUCUUUUUAGUGUAAAUAUUAUUUUCAUAGUUUAUUUACGUAUAGAAAUAAAAUUGAAAAGAGUUGGUUUUUUUUUUAACCGAAAAGUGAAUUUAUUUAAUCGGUUUUAUGACAAAAGACCCGUUCGGUCUUGUAAUGAGUUACUUGCUUUAUUGAUGGACGCGAGAUCUCUUUAUUAUAUUGGAUAAAUAUUGUAUUUACGAACUUAAAAAUGUAUUUAACUGUUAUAAUCUACUUACUACUUGAAAUGCAAUUCAUCAGUUGUUUUGUUAAAUUAAUAAUGGUUUCGAAAUACCGUUCACAUGAAAGCAAAUUUUGUACAUUUUCAAUAAAAAUGUGAUCCAGAAAAUUGAUUUGAAUUUGUAAUAAAAAAAUGUAAAGUUUAUUUAAAUGUAACAUUCUAUAAUUCGAUCGAAUUUUUUUUCUUGUCUACUUUAAGUGCUAUGUGAACUAGUGAUGUUGCGUUUUUUAAGCAGUAAGGAACCGGACAACUGUUAUUUUUUAUACUUUGACGCGCAAACUUCAUAAAGCAUGGCUGAACUCGACUCGUUUUGGGCCCAAAUUUACGGCGAUAGGCUUACUACAGCUUGUUAUGAAAUGAUGCUAGAAUAUUUAAUAGAUUUAAUUUACUGACUUAAUAUAUAAAACAUUAAUAUUUCACAACAAAAAAAAAAGAUAAUAGUGAGAGGAUCGUUAUUGUUUAAUCAAGUUCCCUCAUAACUAUUGUUAAGAUUGUUUUUUUAUUCGCGUCCGGUUGCCUAUUCAGAACGUUUUUUUUUUAUUUUUUAUAUUGUACUUUUUGUCAACUAGUUCGAAAUGUGAUAUAAAUGCAACACGAGUUAAGCGUGCCAGCGACGUGCAAUAUAUAAUGUAUACACACUUUUCGUUUCACUAAAGAUAUAUAUAUAUAUCGCGCAAUGUAUUGUGAUGUCUGAUGCUUAUAAAUAAUGUAGCUUUGUAUUACGCAUAUGCUUAUUGUUGAUUAUCGAAAAAAAAAAAAAGAAAAUACUUUAACUUUACAUAUUCUAAUUCGUUUACAUAUAUAUUCAAUUCAUUUUAUGCGUAAUGACCGGGGAUAUGGAACUAAUUGAACCAAAUUUUUUUUUGACAUAAGGAAUUAAUUGAACCAAAUUUUCUUUGACGAUUACAAGAUAUUCAUAUGUAUACUUUAUUUCCAGUGUAGUUUUGGUUAAAAGAAAACAAAACGUUAACAUAUUGAUAAACUAGUCUCUUGGUGGCUAUCGUAAGUAAAUGUUCUCAUAUAGAAUGACGUAAUUGGAUAGUACCGGGUGUAAGGGAAAUAGUUCCCGAGAAGGUGACUCGCGAUGUGGAAAUCAUUAAAAAAAUGGCGGUUUCGUGUGUAGGCUGUUUGUGCAUUUCAUGAGGUUUCGUUUAUAUAUUCGUAUAUAUAAAACUAUAUAUUUUAAGAAAUAUUUCUAUAAUUAAAGUAAAUUAAGUUAGAAUGUAAAAUUUAAAAUGUUAAACUAUUGGAUUUCCGACUCUAUGCACACCACACAAUGAAACAAAUUCGAAAAUCAGCCGAUAUGACAGUUUCUCGAAUUACGUUACGAAACGUAGUUUACGCUACAGCAGUACGAAUGAAAAUAGCUUUUCGCUUAUAUUUACUUAAAGUACAUAAUUCCCUAUUCGAAUUGGCGAACAGUUGACUUACACCCGUAUGUAUAUAUCUCGAUUUCAGAGCCAAAAGGACGGAUGUUUUAUUUUCUUUUCGAAGUUGAACACCUCGCAUUGAUCUCCUCGGACUUAUGUGUGUGUGACUAGUCUCUGAUGUCGAGAUUGUAAUUAUUAAGUGACGUUAAACUUAGAAGUCACCUGACUGUUUUUUGUAGUUUGAUAUACGUUAACUAUCUGUAGUAAAAUGUAAAUAAACAAUUGUAAAGACUUAUCAUCGGCUUUUGAACUUGUAGAUAUAUGGGACACCACGUUUUUUUUUGAUAAUGUAGUUUUUUUUUUAUUUAGUAUAAUAAUUGUCUUCUCUUUGGUCAUGGGAAAUAUUAUAUAAACAAAAACUUACGUGUUAAAGUAGGUAUUAAAUUUUCUAUUAUACGCACAUAAAAAGAUUUAUCUAAAAUUUUAUUGUUAUUCUUGGACCAUUACAAAUGUGCGAACUGAGUCAUAAAUAAUUUUUAUCAGACCUCUCGCUCACACUUAUAGGCAUAUCGGAUCUCACACUUCUAGUGUUGUGUUUAUACAACUUAAAUCUAUAUAAUUACACUAAAAACGUUCUCUAUUUAAAUUUAAAAAAUAUAUUUUUCCGGGUCACUUUUUAAUUCGUUAAACGCUAUCAACACAUUAUGAAUAACCAAACUAGUUUGGACCCCUUGAGUUUUAACAAAUUUGUCGAAUAAUGCUAUGCAAAGCAAUUCGGCCGACGGAAAGUCUCUAGGAGUAUUGGCGACUUAUUUUUCAGGAUAUUGCCUAAAAUAUACGUAAAAAUCAGCGUUCAGAAUUUUACGUGAAGUGCGUAAUGAUUUUAUGUACCUUGAUUACCUGAUACCUGAUAAUUGGUCUAAGCAAGCUAGCAGGUAGACAUGCGUUCUUAGUACAUAAUAACACUACGAAAUCGGCCACAUUUCGUUCGUCAGAAAAUACGUGACGUCUGGUGGUGACGUCAGACCUUGGGAUCUUACUCUAUUUAUCGAUAUCGAGUUGCGCGGCAUUGUCACACUCCUUUGACGUAAUGUUUUACGACUGUUCGCACGUUUGUGAUGGCCCAAGUAUAACAUUUUCCAUGUCGAUCUGUUGCAAUUCAAAGAUGACAUUAAGAUUCUCUACACAGAUUUCUCGAGGUUGGACGAUGGAAGUGGAAUAUAGCUGCUUGUAACCAAUAAGAUAAUGGAAAUACUUAUCCAUACACAGGAAUUGAUAGAUUGCUAUUAAAUUGCCCAUAUGUUUAACAUUACCGCAAUUUUUAUUUACAAAGCUACUUUUAGCUAGUUGGAUGAAGUAUUAUUGUUGAAUCCCUUGAAACGCGGUCACACAAUGAUUCGGGUGAAUGAAAUUUGUGAAUGGACCUACCCGCUUAUUUAUCAAUUAAUUUCUCGACUUGAGGCUUAAGAUCUGAUAUAUACAAAUUUCUAUUUAACAAAUUGAUCAUUUGAAAUCAUUAUCGGUUGAUAUUUACAUGAUGAUGAAUCAGAAUUGUAUUGAUAGUUUAAGCUCUAUCACCAAUAAUUAACACUUGAAGCCAAGUUAAUAAUAAAAAUAAAUUUUAACGUGGUUUCAUUCAAUAGCUUGUACAAUUUUCAUAUCGAACGAUGCGAAAUAAAUCAAGUUUGUGUUUUUAUUUAACUACCGUCUCAUCUAAAUAGUUAUAAUGCUAAAUUAACUCUUUUAUGACAUAUCUCUCUUUUUAAAUACUAUUAGUACUUACGUUAAACUUUAACGAUUAAAAUACUAACCUAUCAAUACAGAGUUAAAGCUUAUUAAUGAUAGAUGGCGCUAUUUACAACGUUAAAACGAUUUUUUAUGUACUAUCCAUGCAAUUUUGAUCGGUACAUGUGUAUUAUAAAUAUCUACAUGAAACCUAUUUAAGAUAUAUGUAUUUCUACAUUUGGUAGGUUGAGACGCUAAUAAAACAAGGAAAACCUUGAUAAACCUGGCCUUUUGUCUUAUAAUAUGUUCUACGAUACGACCUUAUUCUUAUAAACAUGUACGACACGACAUAUUAAAUAUAACUUUAAUUUAACAAUGUUUUAUUUCAUUGUAUAGACAACGUAAUAUUUUUUUCUUUGGGGUUUCUAGUCAUUUUAUAAUUUAUUUGGCAACUGAUUCAAAUCAGCUAAUUCCAAUAUGAAUAGAGCUAGACUGAACUAUAAAUACUAGAUGAAUUAAAAAAAAUGUUUUCUUUAAAGUAGAACAAAGAAAGGAAAUUUAUAAAUUUAUUCAUAAAGUAGCAACAUUUUAAGAAUAUCUUUCUAUUAAAAACAGCAGAUCUUGUUCGUAAUACAAUUUUAUCGUAAUUAGGGACGAACUUGCGAGUGAGAAAGAGGAAUGCGCAUUACACUCCAUUUUACCAAACCCUAUGACGUUUUCCCAUGACGAUUUAUUUUUUACAAUCUAACAGCUAACAGCCCUAUUAGAAAAUAUAUUAAGCACAGGUCAAUCAAUAUUCUUAAAUUUCUAGUUUUCUGUACACUAACUAUAAUGCCUAAAUUAAAUCGAUGUUAUGCUGUUGUUGGUUAGCAUAAAAUUUGUAAAUAAUAGAAGCAUUUAUAGUUGCACUUUAUUUAAUAUAUAAAAUGACUUUUUGUUGCGGUGACUUAUUGACGUAUUUUUCUAUCACCACCACUCGAUAUAUCUAGAUGUACGUUCUAUAGUUCUAUACGUCAGGUUAUUAUAGUACGCGUCAAAUUUGAACUCGACUUGAAAUAGCCUUCCUAUUUUAAAAUAAUAAUAAAAUAUUGAUACUCGUCAUUUUAAGAAAUUCUAUUAACAUUGUGGGUCUACUAAAUCAGAUUACUAAGAACUGAUUCACCCGAAUAUCUUAUAAAUACGAUGCAUAUUUAUAAUACCUUGUAGUUAAAUAAAAUUAAACUAGAUUUUUUGGAUAGUUUUUGUCUUAAUUUAACGCGAUGUAUAUUUUUUGUUACAUAAUUAUAAUACAUUAAGUCCGCUGAAAUAAUGAGUUGUAGUUUAGCAAAACGUGUUCCAACGAUAAAUAGCUCUGUCAUAUGCAAUAAGUCAGUUAAACUGACGUCAUUGUUUUAAUUUGUUGUGUAAUAAAGUACCAUGCAUUAUGAAUUACAAUUAAGUUUAUGAAAAUCUUUUAUUUAUCGAUGUACAUUUAAAAUUCUCAACAGAUUGAAUUGUGCGAUUCUUAUGUCAUGUUUUCUUUUAUGUUGGUUUUUUUUUAAAUACAAUAGUGACAUAAUAAAUAUUGAAAUUGAGAAA